UAUGAUACUUUGAUUUAUGCCAGUGCAAAAUUCAAAUUGUUCGAAUCAUUCGACCGUCAAUCUCGUGUUUCUUGAUGUGUGCCUUUCUGCGUGUUCUUUAUUUGAUUUCAUUGAUACAUUUUCAUGUUUACUUUCCUAGUCUGUUUCUAAAUAAGGCAUAUUGAAGUAUUUAAAAGAAGCGUAAAGAAUUGCGAGGAUAAAAUUAGGAUUCUGGCAGGUUCUGCGUCAUGCGCAUCGCGUAGAAAAAUGAUAAUGUCUUUUUGCUUCUCGAAAAUCGCAUCCAAUGAAUGGAGGAUGUUGUGAAUGAGGAAGAGUACAUACAACGCCAAAAAACUCGUCAGCUGGAGGUUGUUGUUCUCUAUCACCAUGGCAAAUGAGGACGUACACAGUUGAAUCGAUAGAUUGGAAGCGAAUGAGUUGUUCUUUUAAACGAGCAAUUUUGAACGGAUUAGUUCUUGUGAUAACGUUUGCCAGAUAAGCCAUCAUGCUACCUGCCAACUCGCGAAUGCUCUUCAAGGUGUUCAACUUCUUCUAUUUCCUCGCGAGGCCACUCCUGAAAUGGCUCUUGCAUCGAUUUACCAACCUCUGUGAAUUGCAGCGAAUAUGCUACGGAUGUGCUCCGGGGGCGCUGCGAACCAGAAAGGUUCAGAUGUCCCUGGAACUAUCGCGUAGGCCACGCAUCAAACAAAUGCUGUUGAUCCUUAAUGAACUAGUCACAUGCCAGGUGGAGGAGCACUUCCUUCAAGAGGAAAUCACAACACGUGCCGUGGGGACAGUGCUACAUGUUAAGAAAAUCAAUCCCAAGGUACAUGUGGACUUCCCGCGAACUUUUGGCACGUGUGCAGAGAAAAUUUGGGGCUACAAACGUUUGUUCCAUUUGGUCGAAGAACUACGAAGCACACAGUAUGAUUGCGAGAAUGCCGAUCACGAAGAGAAACUUUUGAAACUUUGGGGCAUGUUAAAAGGGGACGUUCAACUCGAGGGAAGAAUUACGAACCAGUGGCAGGAUAUUGGAUUUCAGGGCGACGAUCCAAAGACGGACUUUCGUGGAAUGGGUAUGCUGGGGUUGGAUAAUCUAGUCUACUUCGCUCAACAGUACAACGGAACGGCACGUCACCUGCUGUCUCACUCGCACCAUCCACUGCACGGAUAUUUCUUCGCCAUUGUCGGCAUAAACCUUACCUCGAUGGCAUACCAUUUGCUGAAGUCGGGUGAAGCCAAAACCCAUUUCUACAAUCAACAGCGACUGUCGAUCGAAUCGUUUCACCAAUUUUAUUGCUAUCUUUUCUACGAAUUCGACCGUUAUUGGAUCGAAUGCAAACCGAAGAGCAUCAUGGACUUCAGCUGGAUUCAGAAGCGAUUCGAAGAGAACAUCCGGAAGCUACUAGCCAGCGAUACGUGCUGCUUCAAAAUGAAUUUGUCCGUUGAAAAUGUUUGAAGGCUUCUUUGUAGAUCUAAUGUUGAAAUUAUUCGUAAAUUCUGCUUGUUCUCGUCAAGUCUUUAAAAUUUUCAUAGCACCGCGUCGUUUUAUUUCAAGUGUGAUCUAGGGUAUGGAUUAUGUAUAUUUUGCCAGCUUGUUAAAAAAUAGAGAAUAGAGUAUCACAAUUAAA